CGUUAAAAAAGACCGCCUUUUAAUACGAACUGACUCAAGCAUCUGCAGAUUUUUCGAAUUUUGUGAACUCUGGGUUUAUCGUAUGUUUCAUAAUGACUUGAUUUGUAUACAGUAUAAGUAAUCAUUUUAGCACCGUCAGAAGAAUGGACCAAGCGAAGUAUCAGCGUACUGGGUCGCGUCCAUAUCGAGGCAGAACCUUUCGACGAGGUGGUUUUCGUGGUGGCCAGCGAAGGGACAACGAUGAAGAUCCGUAUUCGAAGAAGGUUCAUACAGAAUCGGGUUUUCUGGACAGCCCAGUGAUGCUGAUGUUUCGUGAUUAUGCCGCAAAGCUAGAUGCGAAGAAUGAUCUGUACGAAAUCUUGGUGAAAAACAGCCGUGAUACCACUAUCGAGUCCAAGCGGAUUAUUUUUCUUCUCCUGCGUUGCGCGGGACACCAAAAAGGUUCCCUGGAAGUCCACCAGAUCCUCACCGAAGCGCGCACACGUAUAAAGGAACUACAGAAUACUGCUUUGCAAAAGAUCGCCAUGGACCUUUAUGAUCAGGAUGCAUAUCUUUUCAAUCGGGCCUACUCGCCCGGUUUGCAGGAAUAUAUCGAAUGCUUGAGUUUAUGGCACUAUCUUGAGCACGAAACAUUAAUAGGACUGGAUGGAGUUCAGAAAGAUCUACGGUUUACCGUCGACGGUAGAGAAUUCGCCCUGUUAGUGACGCCGUCUGAUUACGUUUUGGGCAUCAGUGAUCUCACUGGAGAAUUAAUGCGAUACUGUAUUACCCACGCAGCCAAUCCAUCCGCGCAAGUCGCCAUAUUUCGGCUAUGUGAUUUUGUGCGGGCAGUGUAUGUGGACUUCCUGCGCAUCCCCUACGGAUUGUGCGGGAAAGACUUCGGGACCAAAAUUAGAGUGAUGUUCCAGAGCGUUAUCAAGAUUGAACGUGUGUGCUAUCAGCUGGCUCUGCGUCAGGCGGAGGAUUUGCCAGUGCCGCCGCCCAAGUUUAUCAUGAAAGUGGAUGAUUUUGCCGAAGAAGGCUUGGAUGGUGCUGAACGUUUCUAGCGCUUUAACUACUCGUAGUGCGUUUGAUCUUCUACCAGUGAAAAAUGUUGGCUUUUUGUACUAAAGAUGUUGAAGUUACUAUGCUGUAUAGAUUGCUUAGAGAAUAGUCUAUGAACUACUGUGCAAACUGCAGAGAAUUGUAAAUUUGUCGGGUCCUACUGCAGUGUUUUGGCUUUUGUCGUUUAAUAAGAACAUGCAUUCAUCAUUCAUGUACUAUUGCUUACUUUUCUUGAUGUUUAUUGAAAACA